UCAUCUGUACUGUCCGCAGUCUCUGGUCAUCCCUGUGCUGUCCGCAGUCUCUGGUCAUCCCUGUGCUGUCCGCAGUCUCUGGUCAUCCCUGUGCUGUCCGCUGUCUCUGGUCAUCCCUGUGCUGUCCGCAGUCUCUGGUCAUCUCCUGUACUGUGUCCACAGUGUCUGGUCAUACCCUGUACUGUCUGCAGUCUCUGGUCAUAUCCUGUACUGUCUGCAGUCUCUGGUCAUCUGUACUGUCCGCAGUCUCUGGUUAUCUCCUGUACUGUCCGUAGUCUCUGGUCAUCUCCUGUACUAUCCGCAGUCUAUGGUCAUCUCCUGUACUGUCCGCAGUCUAUGGUCAUCUCCUGUACUGUCCGCAGUCUCUGGUCAUCCCCUGUACUGUCCGCAGUCUCUGAUCAUCCCCCCCCUGUACUGUCCGCAGUCUCUGGUCAUCCCCUGUACUGUCCGCAGUCUCUGGUCAUCCCC